AGUAGUAACGCUACGGUUGAUAUCAAAUGACCGGCACACACUCUUUUAAUGGAUUAAUUCCUUUUAUAAACUGUAUAAAUGCAAACAGAAUUAUCUUAAUUUAAACGCGUGACCUAUUUUCAGUACGGUUUACACACUCGUACGCGACCUUCAUGAGGUUUACCGAUAGCUACAUGCUUCUGGUAUCAUUCUACACUUCAAAUUUUGACUUAACAAAGAUAUUGAGAAAAUAUUUAAGUUUGGUGUAAAUUAUGGAGGAAACCGGUAAUAAAGAUAUUUCGCGGAAAAGAAAAAUAAUAAUAGGGAUGGAUGGGAGCAGACACGCAGAGGAAGCGUUGACAUGGUUUAAGGACAAUCUUCAUGAACCCGGCGACUUUUUGAUCUUGGUGCACACCCCGGAGUAUAAACAUCUUAUCACUAUACCGGUGAUGACGUCAGACGCCGCUCUGAUGUCGCGGAUCGUUGACGAGGAGCAACACGUGACCAAGGAGCGCAUGACGCAGUUCCAAACACUCCUGGACCAUCAAGGCAUCCAGGGCUCUGUCAAGCAGAUGGGUGGCGAUCCAGGUCACCAGCUGAUAGAGGCUGCGGUACAGGAGGGCGCUGAUUUCAUCAUCACCGGAAAUCGUGGCCUGGGGACGUUGAGGCGGACCUUUCUGGGAAGUGUCAGCGACUAUGUGGUCCACCAUUCGCCAGUUCCGGUCAUCGUCUGCCGCCUGCCACAUGCUCAUCACUAGUCCCGGUGAUGCGUCAGAUAAGUCGGUCAAGAUGGCACUUACAAGUUCAUAAGAUGCAAGUGCCUGUGUACAGAGUUUUGGUUGACGUUUCAGACAUUUUACAGAUGUUAAGUUCUAGAAACACUAUAUUUUGUUUACGAAUGUUAGUCUUUUAACAAUUGUUGUAGUGACUAUUUUGUUCGUUUUUAAGUUUGUGUUAUUUAGUCACUGAAUAAAACGUAUGGGUGUGAAUGGUCGGCUUACUGAAGAAUAAGCACAGUUUUUUAAGAUGGUGCGUUGUUUUGUAUAUUACUGUUAAUGUUUGCAUUUUAGUAAUACAUUUGCUCAUGUUUGAUGUUUUAUGGCAAUGUAUAUCUAUCUCAAUAA